AUGGACGUCCCAACUUUUCGAGAGGGCGCUGCCCCCUUCAAGCCUGACCCUUGCGGGGUCCGCAGGGCCGGUCCAGGAGAGCAGCAGCAGCCAGGGUGUGGCGACCAGGAAGAAGUUAGGUUGAAUCCAAAUGACCUCAACAAUCAGGUCACCAAAGGCCUCAAACUCCUCUAUGCAUUCAUGACCCUCUUCCCCACACGGCUGGGAAAGGCCCACAGGCAGAGCCUCGACCUCUCCGUCCACCUCUGCAAUGGAGUGGGCUCCGGGGGCCGUGAGCACCUAAGUUCCCGCUCUGCCCGGGACCUGUCCCGCGUGGGGUCGGGUCCUCAGGGGCGCGCCAGCCCGGUGGCGACGGGAGCUCUCCGGCCUGGUGUGGGUACACCUCGCUUUUCGGAGAGCCGCGUGGCGCCGCCUCCGCAGACAGCCUGGAGGACGUCCGGCCGCAGCGGCCCGAGGGGCCUUAAGGAGAGCACAGGAAGUGCCAUCCCGAUACCAGUCCUGUGUACCUUCCGGUUCCCCAGCACAGCCAUCAAGAUCCAGUUCACAUCCCUGUACCAUAAAGAAGAGGCUCCAGCUUCUCCCCUGCGACCGCUCUACCCUCAGAUCUCCCCACUGAAGAUCCACAUUCCGGAGCCGGAUCUCCGCAGCCUGGUCAGCCCCAUCCCCUCCCCAACCGGCACCAUCAGCGUCCCCAACUCCUGCCCUGCCAGCCCUCGAGGAGCCGGGUCCUCUGGCUACCGCUUUGUCCAGAACGUGACCUCAGACCUGCAGCUGGCUGCUGAGUUUGCUGCAAAGGCUGCCUCUGAGCAGCAGGCAGACACAUCGGGCGGGGACAGCCCCAAGGACGAGUCGAAACCACCAUACUCGUAUGCACAGCUCAUUGUGCAGGCCAUCUCCUCCGCCCAGGACCGGCAGCUAACACUAAGCGGCAUCUACGCCCACAUCACCAAGCAUUACCCAUACUACAGGACGGCCGACAAAGGCUGGCAGAACUCUAUUCGACACAACCUCUCUCUGAACCGCUACUUCAUCAAAGUCCCACGCUCCCAGGAGGAGCCUGGGAAAGGCUCUUUUUGGCGCAUAGACCCUGCCUCAGAAGCCAAGCUUGUGGAACAGGCAUUCCGCAAACGGAGGCAGAGGGGUGUAUCCUGCUUCCGCACCCCCUUUGGGCCUCUGUCCUCACGGAGCGCCCCAGCUUCACCCACUCACCCUGGGCUGAUGUCCCCUCGUUCCAGCGGCCUGCAGACUCCAGAGUGCCUGUCUCGAGAGGGCUCCCCCAUUCCACAUGACCCAGACCUAGGGUCAAAGUUAGCCUCCGUUCCUGAGUACCGCUAUUCCCAGAGUGCCCCCGGCUCCCCUGUCAGCGCCCAGCCCGUGAUUAUGGCUGUACCUCCCCGACCUUCUAACUUAGUGGCCAAGCCUGUGGCCUAUAUGCCAGCCUCCAUAGUGACCUCGCAGCAGCCCUCGGGCCACGCCAUCCAUGUGGUGCAGCAAGCCCCGACUGUCACCAUGGUCAGGGUGGUCACCACCUCUGCCAACUCAGCCAACGGCUACAUCCUUGCCAGCCAGGGCCCGGCAGGUGGUGCCCACGACGCGGCAGGCACAGCUGUGCUGGACCUGGGCAGCGAAGCAAGAGGUUUGGAAGAGAAACCCACCAUUGCAUUUGCCACGAUCCCUGCAGCCAGUCGUGUCAUCCAGACAGUAGCCAGCCAGAUGACCCCAGGCGUCUCUGGGCACACGGUCACCAUCCUGCAGCCAGCCACGCCAGUGACCAUCGGGCAGCACCACCUCCCGGUCAGGGCCGUCACGCAGAACGGGAAGCACACUGUGCCCACGAACAGCUUAGCCGGCAACACUUACGCCCUCACCAGUCCCCUGCAGCUCCUGGCAGCCCAGGCGAGUUCAUCCACGCCGGUGGUGGUCACCCGGGUGUGCGAGGUGGGGCCCGAGGAGCCAGCUGCAGUUGUUGCCGCCACAGCGGCCAGUACCACGCCGACCCCAACCACCUCCACUGCCGCCCCCAGCUCUUCCAGCGGGGAGCCCGAGGUCAAGAGGUCCCGGGUGGAGGAGCCCAGUGGGACAGCUGCCACGCAGGCCACAGUGAUGGCAGCCGCCGGCUCCCAGGGCCCCGGUACUGGGGAGUGACGCCACCCGCAGAAAGGUGGAGUGGGCCCUCACAUACAAGAGCCCGCACGUGGGCCGCAUGGUGGACCGAGAUGAGACGCGCAGCCACUGCUGCACCCAGACGCUUUGCAUUUUAUCUCCUGUCCUCCCAUGGUUUGAAACAAAACAUAAAUCCGUUCAGACAACUGAUUGUAUGUUCUGGGGGUUCUGUGUGCUUAUUUCCCUCUUCCUCGCACCACCACCACCUCCCCCAGCCCCUGGGGCCUGGAGAAGGGCACCCGGAGAAGGUUCUAGCCCAGAGCCUCAGCAACCACCAUGGCCCCCCACCUGCAAGGACGACGGCGCCCCAGCUUCAGGUCUGUGGCGGUAGCUGCCACAUGGGACUGGACGAAGCACAGCGAGGUGCAUGCCGAGACUGCCCCCCCACAGGACUGGCACGAACCCCUGCUUGUGGUCAUUGGGAACAGCCAAGAGAAAGGCCGGACUGCCAACCUGCACACUGCUUUGUGGGGGGUCUCCUCCCCCAAAGCCACAGAAAACAUCGGCAUUAACUGGGGUGCAAGCAUCGACUUCAGCUUUGGGCCCUGAGCACUUCUUGAUACAUUUAGCCCUGGAAGCGGGGCUCCUCCCACAGAAUGGGGUACAGGUCCAGGUGCCUGAGAUCAGCUCCUGUGAGGCCACCCUGCCGCUCCGCUCGCUAACUUGAAGAAGGAUCAGCAGCUCCGCACUGGGUCCCACACCAGCCAAGCCUGAACCUAAGGGCUCAGGUGAACGUGACUCACCAGGGCAGAAGGGAUGGCCUUGCAGGCCUGCCGCUCCAGCAUCCUCCCCUCCAUAUUCCAGCUUGCCUGGAUGUCAAAGCCGCCCAUGGUUUGGAACUGGGACCGUCUCUCUGCCGAAGCCCAGGCUCAGGUCAGUGAGUGGAAAGGAGUCAACCUCCUCACCUUUCUGGUUGUGCUGGUCAACCCAUUGUAACCCAAGAGCAGGAGACUCAGGUCUCGAGUCCAUCGCCGGAUGUUCAUGUGCUCCCCCAAUGAGAUCAGAGCCCCUGUUGUGAAGUAGCUGAGUAAAAGCUGGCUCUGGUAUUCUGCCAAGAUGGACCGCAAGGGACAGCAGCACACUGAUAUGGAGUUCCCAGAAAUACAACCUGAGCGGGGCACAGCGCCCCCUGCUGGGGACGUUUCCGGGGCAGCACUGGGGGCACCACAACCAGCCCCUGGCAGACAGGCCCAAGCAGGGCCCACUGUCUGCUGGUAGAGGAAACCCACCUGGACAUUGAGCAGGAAUCCAGCUGUACUCCGGUUCCCAGGCAGGAGGGCAGGUAGGCAGCAGGGAGCAGCCCCUGCCUCUCAACACCAAAGUCACCAGCCUUACCGGAGACCAGUGCUAAGUGUCUGAGGUGAGAAGUGGCGGCCUAGGCCUGGUGUGCGCCUGAGCUUUCCAUGU